AAAAGCCGGUGGCGGCACCGCUCCCCGCCGCCUGCUCCGCCGGUACCGGCCCGACCCGACCCGCUCCGCCCGCGUCGCUCCAGCCCCACCAUGCCGUUCAGCAACACCCACAACAAGUACAAGCUGAAGUUCUCGGCGGAGGAGGAGUUCCCCGACCUCAGCAAGCACAACAACCACAUGGCCAAGGUCCUCACUCCCGCGCUCUACCAGCGCCUGCGGGACAAGGAGACCCCCAGCGGCUUCACCCUCGAUGACGUCAUCCAGACCGGCGUCGACAACCCCGGCCACCCCUUCAUCAUGACAGUGGGCUGCGUGGCUGGAGACGAGGAAUCCUACGAGGUCUUCAAGGAUCUCUUCGAUCCGGUGAUCCAGGACCGCCACGGCGGCUACAAACCCACUGACAAGCACCGCACCGACCUCAACCACGAGAACCUCAAGGGGGGGGACGACCUGGACCCCAAGUACGUGCUGAGCAGCCGGGUGCGCACCGGGCGCAGCAUCAAGGGCUACUCCCUGCCCCCCCACUGCAGCCGGGGGGAGCGCCGAGCCAUCGAGAAGCUGUCCGUCAACGCCCUGAAUAGCUUGGAGGGGGAGUUCAAGGGCCGGUACUACCCGCUGAAGGCCAUGACGGAGCAGGAGCAGCAGCAGCUCAUCGACGACCACUUCCUCUUCGACAAGCCCGUGUCGCCGCUGCUGCUGGCCUCGGGCAUGGCCCGCGACUGGCCCGACGCUCGCGGCAUCUGGCACAAUGACAACAAGACCUUCCUGGUGUGGGUGAAUGAGGAGGACCACCUCCGUGUCAUCUCCAUGGAGAAGGGGGGGAACAUGAAGGAGGUGUUCAGGCGCUUCUGUGUUGGCCUUAAAAAGAUUGAGGAGAUCUUCAAGAAGGCGGGUCACCCCUUCAUGUGGACGGAGCACCUGGGCUACAUCCUGACCUGUCCCUCCAACCUGGGGACGGGGCUGCGGGGAGGUGUCCACGUCCGCCUGCCCAAGCUCAGCCAGCACGCCAAGUUCGAGGAGAUCCUCAAGCGCCUCCGCCUCCAGAAGCGCGGCACAGGUGGGGUGGACACGGCGGCCGUGGGCGCCGUCUUCGACAUCUCCAACGCUGACCGCCUGGGCUUCUCGGAGGUGGAGCAAGUGCAGAUGGUGGUGGACGGGGUGAAGCUGAUGGUGGAGAUGGAGAAGAAGCUGGAGCAGAACCAGUCCAUUGACGACAUGAUCCCUGCCCAAAAAUAGGGGACACCCCCUUUCUUGGGCACCUCACCAGGAACGGCCUCAAUAAAUGCUGCUGGGCGCCGCUGUGAA